AUGAUGGAGCGAGACCGAGAGAUGAUGGGUGCUAAAAGAGAGGAUUGCGAUCCUUCGAAGAUCCCCGUCCAAACCACUUGCUACGGGACUUUUGCACGUUCUGCACAGCCAGCCGUUCCCCGUCGCUCCUCCUCGCAGCUUUCCUCAUUUCUACCAACCGCAACCCCAACUGCCUCCGGCGCCACCGCCGGCGUACCAAGCCAUACCCGUUGGAUACCAAUCUAUCCCCAAUCUAUCCCCUCCGCGAUAGUGGCAGAAGGCAUACCCGUCAGAGAGCGUCGCCUUCCAUGCGGUGGCAUUGGCAUUGGAUGGGUGUUAUUCUUGUCUGGUUUCUUGCUUGCCGCUGUUCCAUGGUAUGCUGGGGCUUUAAUUUUUCUUAUUGGAGCCCUGUACAAACGCGAGAAACCUGGGUUGGUUGCAUGCACGGUUGCUGCGGUUCUUGCAACAGUACCCAUCUCUUUUUGA